CCUGCAGGCUCGAGUUUGAAUGUCCAGGAAUUACGGGACAGUGGAACUCCGUAUCUUUAAGAAUUAUGGCUUUUUUUAUAAAAUUUGCAUGUGCGAUUGUUACUAGAUUGCUCUUCAUUCUCAUUUCACUUAUCGGAGUUUGGAGAGUGACGUUAGUUAAAAAUGACAACACCUACUGGUUAAUGACAUUUCUAUUUCUACCUCUCGUUGUCGAAAUGAUCAUAACUUUAAAAAGAAGAAAGGGAAAGGAUUAUAAAUGGUUCUCUCCAGCCAUCUUGCUUUUUCUAAUCAGCAUAAUUCCUUCUCUCUGGAUUCUGGAACUACAUCAUCAGCAGAACAAAUCUAGUGACCCUCAGUGCAAGAAACUGGACUCGUGGGAAAAUGUGAAAAGCAUGAUAUCUCUGAACAAAACUGUAGGCAAUAUAACAGUUCAAACCUAUCUAAAGGGUCUUGACCAACACUUGUCCACGGUUUGUCCCAACGACUGGAUCCUGGCUCUCCAUCAAAUUCUGCUCAUCCUCUUAAUAGUGGGAAAGUGGCUCCUCCCACUAGGGGCCGGGGUCACACGGGACGAACUCUCUCAGCUACUACUCAUCUUUGUUGGCAUAGCAGCUGACAUUUUGGAGUUUACCAGUGAAACACUGUCUGAUGUCAAGGAGAACAGCCCUCAGUUGGUCUAUGUAAUCCUAUCGGUGUGGACCUGGAGCAUGUUACAGUUUCCUCUUCAUCUGGCUGUGGUAAACUCAAAGCCAGAAAGCCAGAGCCAAGGUGAUUCCCUUCUAACCAAGCACAGCACGGACAUAUGGAGCAUCGUUGAGAGCCUUUUCAUCCAGGACGGCCCGUUCCUCAUAGUCCGGAUCGUUGUCAUGACCUACUUUGAUGUCUUCCACCAGAUGCUGGUGUUCUUUGCCAUUAAAAACUUUCUGGUGGUCAUCCUGAACUUCUAUCGGCUGUACAUCAUAUGCCAGGACUACAGACCAGUAGACACGUCCAGGACCAGCACCAGCAUCCCUUUAUAGGGGAAAACCCUUUUGGUAGGGUGAAUAUGGAGAAGAUGUGUAGGAAAUUCCUGAGUCCUGCCUAUGCUGUGGACGAAGGUGCUUUGGCAGAAGAUAAUCCAGAAGAUAAUCCAGACUAAAACUAUCAGUACCCAGUGCCGUGUUUAGACAAAACACAAGUUUAAUAUCGGACAGACUUUCCUUGCCCAACUAUCCAAAGUCCUCGCUCAAACCCCAGGCCACGUGAAUUGAGUCAGAUCCAAAACACACAGGGGCAAAAAAAAUAUAUAAUAGCCUUCAGCUUUGGAGAUUUUCAGAGCGCUGAUUAGAGUUUAGUACGAUACCGCUCGUUCUGACACCUAAAUGCUUGUAAUGGGAUGAGUCUCAGACUGAAAUACAUCACAAAUACUUCAGUUUGAGUCCUCAGAUGCAAAUGUUUUGUGGGUUAAAAAUGUGGAUUACCUAUGCAACAGCAAUUUGACAUGUAUAGGCUAAAGGGUAGGAGGGAAGUUCUUCUAAGUUAUGUUCCUCAACAAAUAUGUGAAAACGUAAAAGUUUUUUAAAUGAUGGUUAAGAUAUGCGCCCAUGUGUAAUGAUCCACAAGUUAUGCAAUGUGAUAAGUCAGAGUUUCUAAAACUUUGUGCUUUGGUUUUGAACAUGUCCUACCCAGCUUGUGAGUGUCUAAGGGAAACAGAAGACAUGCCUUUCAGAAAGCCAUACCUUAAGACAUAUUGGAUGGUCGUGAUCUUCGGGCCCUCAGGCUGCACUGCAUUAAAAACAGACAUGCUUCUGUAGUGGAAAUCACUGCAUGGCCU